AUGGCCAGUCGAUCAGCGUCUGCUUCGCGUACCCGCGCUGCUUCGCCAGCGAAUUCUUCGGGAUUGAAUAUCUCUCGUGCCCAAGAAAAAGAACAAUUAGAAACUCUCAAUAAUCGUUUAGCUGUUUAUAUUGAUACCGUACGACGUUUAGAACAAGAUAAUCGAGAAUUAAGAAGUGUCAUUGCUACGUACACUGAUACAUACCAAACAGAAGCAUCGAAAGUCAAACAGUUGUAUGAACGCGAACUUGAAGAUGCAAAAGCUUUGAUCGAAGAAUUAGCCAGAGAUAAAACUCGUCUCCAAAUCGAAUCAGAAAAAGCCGAUGCGGAUGCACAAGAUGCUCUUGCAAAACUUGCUCGAAAGGAACGCGACUUCCGCACUCUUGAAGCUCGUUUGAAACAAUACGAAAAUGAAUUGGCUGAUUUAAAAGCACGAAACGAAGCGCUAGUUUACGAUAAUAACCGCAAAACAGAUGAUAACGCGAAUCUCCGUGGUCUUAACGGCGAACUUGAAAAGCAAAUCAAUGUAUUGAAACGACAACUCGAAUCAGAAACACUCCUUCGCAUUGAUUUGGAAAAUAAGAAUAAGACAUUACGCGAAGAAUUACAGUUUAAUCAACAAGUUCACGAGACAGCAAUCGAGGAAAUUCAUCGACAGAAACGUGUUGAAGUUCGAUCCUACGAUGAUAAUCUUCGUCAGCAAUACGAUGAUCGAUUAUUACAUGAAUUGCAGCAAUUACGUACGCAGACCGAAGACGAAAUACAGUCACUACGUGAUGAAAUCGCUUCGCAAUACGAGAAAAAAAUAGAAAACUUAGAAAACACCAUUCGUCGAAAUGCGGAUCAAGUCGGUUCAUAUCGAUCCGAUGUCACAUCCUAUCGUGAACGUAUCGAUGAUAUUACCAAAUCUCGUGAUGCAUUAAAUGACAAAGUUAACUUUUUGGAACAACGUUGUCGAGACUUGGAAAAUCGUCUUCAUAAUGCUCAACAACGACAAGAUGCGUUACUUGCCGAACGUGAAGAUGAAUUACAACGCUUAAAACAACAAAUCGAACAAAUGCAAAUUGACUAUCAAAAUUUAUUAGAUAUCAAAAUCGGUCUCGAUAGAGAAAUUGCUACUUACAGAAAACUACUCGAAUCUGAAGAAGAACGCCUCAACAUAUCUGCUACUUCAUCUCGUUUGAGUAGUGGCGGUGCAAAUGAAAGUUUCGUCUCCGAUAGUGGUGCAACAACAACAACAGCUGGAUCGAACCGAACAUAUUCCUCACGUAAACGUCCACGUCAUGAUUCCGUUGAACGUCCGUUGAUCAACAUUCAAUUGCUCGACGGAAUCAAUAUCGUUGAUGACGAAAGCGCACAUCCAAAAUUUGUGAAAUUAAUCAAUAAUUCGUCACGCGAAAUGGCACUUGCUGGCUGGAUACUCAAACGUAAAGUUGGUUCACAAUCGUAUGAAUUCAAAUUUCCGCGAGGAAUGGCUUUGAGACCUGGUGCAACAACUACAAUCUGGAGUUCGGAUGUCAAUGAUAUUGCAGUAGAUCCGCCAACAAAUUUAAAACUACGCACAAAUAAAUGGUUCACAGCAGGAAAUGAAAAUAAAAAGACUAUUCUUGAAGACACAGAUGGAAAUGUUGUUGCGGAAAAGACAGUUACUGUCAAAUGA